GCUGCCUGUCCUGCGCGAGCUGAGCCCGAGGAAGCUCUGAGCGGAGUUGUGUUCUUCCCCAGGUGUCUCCGGGUGGACGGUCGGAGCCCCCCAGCAACAUGCCUGAGCAGAGCAAUGACUACCGGGUGGCCGUGUUUGGGGCAGGGGGCGUUGGCAAGAGCUCCCUCGUCCUGCGGUUUGUGAAGGGCACCUUCCGGGAGAGCUACAUCCCGACGGUGGAAGACACCUACCGGCAGGUGAUCAGCUGCGACAAGAGCAUCUGUACCCUGCAGAUCACCGACACCACCGGGAGCCACCAGUUCCCGGCCAUGCAGCGCCUGUCCAUCUCCAAAGGGCACGCCUUCAUCCUGGUGUACUCCAUCACCAGCCGCCAGUCCCUGGAGGAGCUCAAACCCAUCUACGAGCAGAUCUGCGAGAUCAAAGGGGACGUGGAGAGCAUCCCCAUCAUGCUGGUGGGCAACAAGUGCGACGAGAGCCCCAGCCGCGAGGUGCCGAGCGGCGAGGCCGAGGCCCUGGCGCGCUCCUGGAAGUGCGCCUUCAUGGAGACCUCGGCCAAGCUCAACCACAACGUCAAGGAGCUCUUCCAGGAGCUGCUGAACCUGGAGAAGCGCAGGACCGUGAGCCUCCAGAUCGACGGCAAAAAGAGCAAGCAGCAGAAGAGGCGAGAGAAGCUCAAGGGCAAGUGCGUGGUCAUGUGAACGCCUGUCCCCGAGGAGCCUCUGCUGUCCCCCCCUGGCCUCGCCCCUUCCCCACCCCACGUGAACCGUCGUCCGGGCAGCAUGUCCGAUGCCCACGUGUUGAACAUUGCACCUGACCGAGGCCCGCCCUAGCGUCCUGAAGAAGGCAUCCCACACCCCCACCAAUAAUGACGACAAGCCACCCUUCCGUGGAGUUGCCAGGCGGUGACCAGGAAAGCCAGCACGCUCAGCAUCCCAGGGGACUGAGGGAGGUGACAGUCAUCUAUGAGGGCGGCUUCUGCCGUGAGGAGGUAGGAAGACCCAUACCCUUCAAAGCAGGAGAAGCUGGGAGGGCUGAAUGUCAUCUACCUGCACGAGAGAGAGCCAGAGCUACUGGCACCAACUCCAAACCAGCCAUUUCUCUCUGCUCAGAAGUCAGUGACAUCUUUGGGGGGAGGAGGGAACGAUCAGGCAGAGUUCGUGGGAAAUCCAGUUGGUCCAAAGUGAACCACGGUGGCUCCCUUCCAUAGAUUUUUAACUGUAUUAAAGAUCAAGUAAGACAGCCUUCCUCAAAGGAUGUGCGUUCUCAGUUAAUUCCCACCCGACCCUACCCUAAAGGGAUGUAUUCACCUCCUACAGACCUAGUGAGCAAGUGUCAUGUUAACUUACUCUACUUAUUAUUUAUGUUCACAUACAAGGAUGAGUUCACUAAUAGCACACUGCUGUGUCAGAAGUUCUUCGAUUUUUGAGUAAAGGUAUUGUGACAUUAUUAUUCAAACAUC